CCGCUACCCAGGGGAGGGGAAAAGACGCCGCCGCUGCAGCAGCAGCAGCAGCAGCCAGAAAGGGAGGCUUCUCUUCUUCCUCCCGCGUCCAUGUAGAAGCAUUUAGGGGACCCUCUCCGGGCGAUUGCUGCUUCCUAGCCCGAUUAGCGCAUGCAGACGUUCGGUUCCCUUUUCCCAGGCAGUGCAGGCUACUGGAGAGCUGAAUUCACCGAAAAUAUGUAUGAAAAAGGAGCUUGAAAAAUGUGCAGUUGAACAAAGGCUUCAGAAUGGAGAAGAUGAAGAUCAAGCAGUCAUGAGCCAUGACUCCUCUUCUUGUACAAAAACUGAAAACAUGACGAGUUGGCAGAAUGGCUUGGGAAAUGCCACCUCUGUUAUCUGUAUAGUAAUGGAUAAUAAAGAAUCAGGGAGCAAUACUACCUCAUUAUGUCAUAAUGGGGGGAUCAGCACAAAUAACAAAAAUGGAAAUAACAAUCAGGACGAUAAAACCAGUCCUUCCAAAAUAAUGCAUUUUUUCCCCACUCCUCGUAAGAGGUCCAGCUCCAAUGUAGAGCGGCCUCGUUCAGUUAUAGUUAUGGGGAACUCGUCAACAUGGAAUGCUUUGUCUUCCCUUAGAAAAAUGGGAUCUUUCAAGAAGUUAAAAUCAUCAGUUCUCCAAGGAAUUCCAGCCAAAGAAGAUCCAGAUAACCUAAAGGAUAGCCUGUCAGAGAACCAAACCAGGAAGUACAUUCCAAACAAUACAACAGUGAGACUUCAGACAAACAGGUAUUCUUAUUCGGGGCCUUUACAUGACAGUACCACAGAUAACACAGUGGUUUCUGAUAAUUCUGAUGGAGAGGAAGAUUCCUUCCUGAGGAACACUCAUCGAUCACGCAGCAUCAGGCGUGCUUAUGCAACUGGCCGUAUAAAUUUAUUAGAUGGUGAUAAAACCCAGGACCCUCAAAGCAAUACCAAAAUGGUCAUGCAGGAAUCCCAGAUUUGUGAAAUUGUAGGGAAAGAUCUAGAAUGUCCUAAGGUGCUCUACAGGAGGAGUAAGAGCAGCGAUAAUCUGAAUUUUCUCAAAAAGAGCUCGUUCAAAAGGAAGUCAACCUCAAACCUCACCGACCUCAAAGCUGUAAACGAAAAGCAUUUGCCACCAAGAACCAUGAGUAUGUCAUCAACUGACUCAGACAAAGCCAACAGGAACUCAGAGCGGAAAUCAAAACGUUGGAAGAGCCCAAUUAGAGCGAAGGAUUUUGACAGAGUUUUGAAACUUGUCAGUAACAUAACUGAUGGUGCUUUGAAGAAGGACUGUCCUAGGACCGAUAUUUCUUCCCCUGGUGAACAGAACCAAAAGACAAGACCGAACAGCAGGCUCCAUGAGGACUAUUCCCGCAGGGUUUCCAGCAGCACUGAGAAUGAGAGGAGGAAGUGUCCGUCAUCCCGGCGCCACCCAGCCUCAGCUCCUUCCAGGUACACCAUCCAGUGUCCUGAGGAUUACUCUGAUGGUUUACCUUCUGCAUUAAAUGUCGAUGCUACAGGCCAUUGGAUGUCAUCCUGUGAUCUUUCAGACUUGGUUUGUUCUCCACCUCCACUUCAGAACCCUGGGUCAAUUCCUGAUGAAGUUUUCCAUGAAGAUUUUGAGGGGUCAAAAAACUCCAGUCCAUUUACAUACAGCACUGAGCCCCCCCACCAUCCUGCGAGACCCACCGUUCCCAAGCCUCAGAGUCUUAAUGCUGAAAGCAUCAAGUGCAACAUGGAUAUCCAUUGUCCAGACCGGUACAGUACCCUGUCGCUCAGCUCAGUGGAAAGUGAGGGAAGAGGGGAGGGGCCGUCUGCCAAGUUGGGGAAGAGUCCUGUUUGCUUCCAGGAUUCUGUGCAAGCCGUAUACUGCGACGAUACAAAUGAAGACAGUGGCAUCAGCAGCCAUUCUCAGCUAAGUCUGAACUUAGCUAUGAGCGCUGAUGAAAAGAAGGAAGAGGUUGUUACUGAUGAACACUGGAAGAAGUUUCAAGAUGAAGAAAGAACAGAUGCUCAAAAAGUCCGAACCAGAAGAUGGGGUUCUGGAAAAAGAUCUCGGCCUCGGCCCCUGUCAGAUUAUGGUCAGUUGGCAAUUAGAAGUUCGUCCAUUCCAGAAGAUUCUGUUGCUAUGGAUUCCCAGGAAAUGGACUCUCUGGAGAAUGACAGUGAGACCAAGCCUCCCCCUGUUAAAUCAGGGACUUGUGCAGUAGCCAAUCCAAAAACUCACAGAAGACGACCCAUCUCUAUCAUUGGUGCAAUCAGUUAUUAUGAAAAUAAUCAAACGGAAGAAAUAACCGCUCUCCUUGCACAACCUGUGGCACGGCCUCCUGUACCAGCACACCAGGUUCCCCCCUACAAAGCUGUCUCAGCUAGAUUCCGCCCCUUCACCUUUUCUCAAAGCACACCGAUUGGUCUGGAUAAAGUUGGGUGUAAGCGUCAGAUGAGAGCUUCCAAUGGUAUUGCAGAUGGGAAUGCUGAAUCUCCAGCUUUAGUUGAUGAUGAUGGCAGUGAAGAGGAUUACAGCUACGAAGAAUUCUGCCAUGCCAACCCCAGGUACUUGCAGCCUGGAGGCGAGCAACUAGCUGUCAGUGAGCUGAUAAGUGAUGGAAAUGUGGUCUAUGCAGAAGCUCUCUGGGAUCACGUGACCAUGGAUGAUCAAGAAUUAGCCUUCAAAGCUGGAGAAGUCAUCCAAGUCCUUGAAGCUUCCAACAAAGAUUGGUGGUGGGGAAGAAAUGAAGACAAGGAAGCUUGGCUUCCAGCCAGUUUUGUCAGACUACGAGUCAAUCAAGAAGAACCUGCAGACUACUGUAGUGGCCUCCAAGAUGAAGAACCAAAUCCUGAAAAGCAUCGCCAAAAAAUAGCAGAAAACAAAGAUCAGAUGAGAACCAAUGUAAUUCAGGAAAUAAUGAACACAGAGAGGAUUUAUAUCAAACAUCUCAAAGACAUCUGUGAGGGAUACAUUCGGCAAUGUCGCAAACAUACAGGAAUGUUUACUCCGGCCCAGCUAAGCACCAUAUUUGGAAAUAUUGAAGAUAUUUACAAAUUCCAAAGAAAAUUUUUGAAAGAUCUAGAGAAGCUGUACAACAAAGAAGAGCCCCACUUAAGUGAAAUAGGGUCCUGCUUUCUUCAGCAUCAAGAAGGAUUUGCAAUCUAUUCUGAGUAUUGUAACAAUCACCCUGGAGCCUGCCUUGAGCUCUCCAACCUGAUGAAACAGAGCAAGUACCGCCAUUUUUUUGAAGCUUGCCGCCUCCUUCAGCAAAUGAUUGACAUUGCUAUUGAUGGUUUCCUCCUCACCCCUGUUCAGAAAAUCUGUAAAUAUCCCCUGCAGCUUGCUGAAUUAUUAAAGUACACCACUCAGGAUCAUAGUGACUAUAACAAUAUCAAGGCAGCAUACGAAGCCAUGAAGAACGUAGCUUGCCUCAUCAAUGAACGCAAACGAAGGCUGGAAAGUAUAGACAAGAUUGCUCGCUGGCAAAUCUCCAUUGUCAACUGGGAGGGGCAAGACAUCUUAGGCAAAAGCUCUGAAUUAAUCCACUCGGGAGAAUUGACAAAAAUCUCCAAACAAGGCAAGAGUCAGCAAAGAACAUUCUUUCUUUUUGACCAUCAGCUUGUGUUCUGUAAGAAAGAUUUAUUGAGAAGGGACAUGUUGUAUUACAAAGGCCGGAUGGACAUGGACGAAAUGGAGGUGGUAGACAUUGAGGAUGGCAAAGACAAAGACUUCAAUAUCUCUGUAAAAAAUGCUUUCAAAAUUGUAAAUAACGCUACGGAAGAAGUUCACCUAUUUUGUGGGAAAAAGCCAGGUGAUAAAAAAAAGUGGCUGGAGGCUUGUGCAAAUGAGAGGAGACGAGUGCAAGAAGACAAAGAAAUGGGAAUGGAAAUCUCAGAAAACCAAAAGAAGCAAGCAAUGCAAAAUGCGCGGAAGUCAAGACAUGGGAAAAUGAAAGGUGUCAGCUAUAAUGGAUGCUCAGUGCCACCACUACUCCAGAGUUUGCAUCCUAUCCAUCAGCGUCACAUCACAGUGCCCACUAGUAUUCCACAGCAGCAGGUGUUUUCCCUCGCAGAACCAAAGCGAAAACCAUCCCUUUUCUGGCACACUUUUAACAAACUGACACCAUUUAAGAAAUGAACAGCCCAACUUCCAUGGCCUGAGAGGCCAUCCGGAAAAGGGGAACAAUUUGCCAACAAAAGCUUUUGUUGGUCCAGUUGGAAAACCUGGAUUCUGCCCUGGAGAGAAGAUGUGGGCUCAUUUCUGAUUUUUCCACCUUAACCUUCAUUGAGCAACAUGAAGAAGACUUGGUUUAUUGAAGGAGGCAGUGAAUGAUCUGAAAUGGAUGUGGUCCUGAAUCAAUAAACAGACUGAUGGAAGAGUUGCCACUUGACCACAGUAGCAAAUUGCUGCUCUCUCAGAAAAUGCCAUGUACAUAUAUUGUCACCCUUGUACCAAAGGAAUGGUUCAAAACUUUUAAGUCAUUUUGACAGUCUUAACAGGGAAUGGAUUGGCCAAAUUUAAAAACUGGAAAGAUAGCGUCUCCACCUUUGUGCAGAAUUUGGCAAAGGUAGUUUCAUCGUUCCUAUGGCUCUUACAUCAUCAAGUUGUUGGUACUAAGAAAACUGCUUAGUUCUUCCUAUUUGUCUUUGUUUGCUGUGUUCUUCUGUUAAAUGAGACUUAGACUUCCUUAAGGCACAUUCAUGGCAAAAGGAAGAAAAUGUGAAAUCAGUGACAUAAAUAUAUGAACAUGUAUUUUUAUAUGAAGAAAGUCCCACUUGGACUCAGGGUGGAGUGUUACCAAAAACGGUGUUUUGCUGUAUGCAUUUCUAUUAAUCAAGAAAAGGAUUUCAUUUUGCUAUCUUUGGUUCUUGAAUCCAUGAAAACUGCAUCAUUGGUUUCCAGUGUGCCUGCUUGUACUUUAUGAAAAAAAAAAGUAUUUCCUUUUAAAUUUUAGGAGUGCAACUAUACAAAGAUAACGAUAUGAAAAAGCAACCUGAGAGAAUUUUUACUCAAUCCCAUAAAAGUUCUCAUUCCAUCUGGUUUGCGGGUUUCUUACAAAAAUGACUUUAAGCAAGUUCCAACAUGAUAUUUUUAUGUGGUUGCUCUUAUGUGCAUCAAACAAGCCAGAAGAGGCUUAGCAAUUAUUUCUUUGGCUUAUGUUAAGAGUAUCCAACGCUAGGACCAUCUGGUGACAUUAGAAAUGAAUUUUGAUUAAACCUGGUUAGAAACACGGCCUAUUUAUAGACUAUUAAAAUGAUAUGUCCUUGUUUUGAUUUGGUUUGUUCUCUUCUGUGAAAUGAAAUUGUUUUUUAUCUUGGGGUUGCUAAAAAAUACCCUCCUUUGAGACAACUGCCAUUAAUUAGGGUUUAUGGCACGCUCUUGGUCACCCUCUCUGUUGUAGUCUUAACAUUGCUAAUGCUUAGAGUAAAACACUGGAUCUUGAAAAUAGGGUGAGUAUGUGAUUUGUAAUUAGCACUAACCCAUAAUGGGUGUGUUCAAUUUAGUUUGUUAUAGUAACCCAGGGUCUGUAGUUUGUAAACCAUGUCUCAUGCCUCAGUCUGUUGAGCAUACUCAACCAAUCCUGAUUUAAACCAUGGUUAACAAAACUACAGCUCAGAGUAAUGCGUAAGCAACUUAUGACAACAAAAACAAAUUCAGGGAUUUUAAUAUUUUUUGUUACAAGGGUUGAGGGGUUUUGGGAGGGUUCGUUUAAUAAAAGUAUCAGCCUUUCCUAAAUAGGGUGGACUACAAUUUCUUAGCCAGCUUGACCCAAAAGAAAGAACUAUAUGAAGAACUAUGGCUUCAACUAGGUAAGCUAAAAUGUAAAACACACAUUUGAGUCCUUUCCUCAAUAGAAAUUUAGAAAGUAAACAAUUGUUAUUUCAUUGUAACUUGCUUCUGAGCAGAUAUAGCUAGGAGAGGUUGCCAUCCAGUUAAACUGCAACACUUUGCAGUCUUUACUUCAACAGACAUGCUUCAGUAUUAAAGACUGAACUUAGGGAGAUUCAGUAGCUCCAAAGAUAUCAUUGUAUGUACAUAUUGGGGGCACGUUGGCUCAGCAGUUAAAGAUGCUGAACUUUUCAGUUGGAAAGCUGACAGCCCAGGUUUGAGACCCGAGUGCCAUAUGACAGGGUGA